CUUUGGAUCAAAACAACCACAUGCAGUGCAAGUUGGGGGCAGAGUGGCUGGAAAGCUUUCAGGGGAUGUUGGUGGACAGUGGCUGAACGUAAGCCAGGAUUGUGCCCAGGUGGCCAAGAAGGCCAAUGGCUCCUGACCUUUAUCAGCAAUAGUGUGGGCAGUGGGACCAGGGCAGUGAUUUUUCCCCCUGUAUUUGUCACUGGUGAGGCUAUACCUCAAGUUCUGUGUCCAAUUCUGGGAGCCUCACUACAGGAAUGACACUGAGGUGCUGGAGUAAGUCCAGACAAGAGCAGUGGAGUUGAUCUAGGGUAUAGAGCACAAGUCCAGUGAAAAGCAGCUGAGGGAGCUGAGGUUGUUUAGUCUGGAGGAAAGGAGGCUUGGGGAGACUCUCUCACUCUCCAUCUGAGAGGAGCUGUAGCCAUGUGUGGAUCAGUCUCUUCUCCUAGGUAGCAAGUGAUACAAGAAGAGGAAGUGGCCUCAAACUAUGCCAGGUGGGGUUUAGACUGGAUAUUCAGAAACAUUUCUGUGCUGAAACAGUGGUCAAGCAUCAAACCAGGCUGUCCAGGACAGUGUUGGAACCUGAAGGUAUUUAGAAGAUGUGUAGAUGGGGUACUAAGUGACAUGGUUUAGUGAUGUGCUUGGCUGAAUCUACAGUCAUAGUGCCAGCAAUUACAGUAAAGUGAGUGAGUGCUACUGACAAACCAGAGUGUAGAAGGGAUACAGGAGGAACUGACUGUUGGGGUGACCACGUGAAUCUGGAUGGGUGCCAGGGUCACAGCAGGAUCUGUAAGUCUCCAUCGUGAGACUGCUGGUGAAUGUGUUGUUUUAAUUUAUUUUUUCUGUUUUAGGGCAGUCCUGUGUAUUUGUGUGUUCGGUUACUAAGGUACAGCUACCUGCUUUACUGAAAGUAGAGUGCUGAUGCCAUCUAGUGGUGUUAGGACAUUCCCAGGAAUGAGAGAAACUGCUUGUGAGGAAUUCCACUGAGAUGAGGAAAAUUGCUGGCAUGAUUCUAAAAAAAGUACAUGGAUAUAUUUUCUGCCUUAGCAUGUAAUUAUUCUCUUGAAUUAAGUAAUAAAAAUAUGUACAUGUACUCAUAACAAGGCUUGCUACAGCAAAUUUAAAUCUUUUUUCUAUUUAUUUUUGCUCAACAGAAACGUUUGUUUCUAGUAGAUUCUUUUAUGAAACAGUAUUUUGCAAUAAAAGAGUUUUAUUGGAGCUUACAAUAUUUUAAAACUCAAUUUGAAAGAUAAAUUAUUUUCUGUUACUGCAUUUUGCUAAACCUAGCACAGACUUCUCACUGCUAGUGUUUGAAGUCACUGUGCUCUUUUCUAAGUUGCUUAUAUAUUGUUUCAAAGUAAAAGUUCAAUAUAUACAUCUGACAACAGUUGAAAUAAAAAACUUUGGCACCUGAAGCCAUAGCAGCCACAGUACUGUUUUCUUUGUUCUUCCGUCUGUUGAAAUUGUGUCCUGCAUCUUAAGUUGCUUACCUGAGGUAAUAUCCUCAUCCUUCUUCAGAAUACUGUACAGGCUGUAUUGACAUUUCUAGCAAUGGAAGUAGGACUAUGACUGCUUCUCCAGUUCUCUUGAAGUGAAUUUCUGACUGAUAAGUGUCUUGCCCUACAAUGGAAAAACUUGAAAAAGAAGAAGAUACUUUAUUUUAAGCUGGUCUCUGGAUGGCAGACUCUGAAAAGAAAUGCUGUUUUAAGAGGAAGCAAUUCAAGUUUUCUGCAAGUUUUCUGAGUAUUUAUGUUAUCUGACUGAACUGACAUCUUGACACCAAAGAUGCUAACAAGGAAGAUUAAGCUUUGGGACAUUAAUGCCCAUAUAACCUGUCGUCUGUGCAAUGGAUACCUGAUCGAUGCUACUACUGUAACAGAAUGCUUGCAUACUUUCUGUAGAAGCUGCCUAGUGAAAUAUUUGGAGGAAAACAACACCUGUCCAACGUGUAGGAUUGUUAUACAUCAGAGCCACCCAUUACAGUAUAUUGGUCAUGACAGAACAAUGCAAGAUAUUGUUUACAAACUUGUGCCAGGCCUCCAAGAAGCGGAAAUGAAAAAGCAAAGGGAGUUUUAUCACAAGCUGGGCAUGGAAGUUCCAGGAGACAUCAAAGGGGAGACAUGUUCUACAAAACAGCACCUAGAUUCUCAUCGAAAUGGUGAAACUAAAGCAGAUGAAAAUAUAAAUAAAGAAACUUCAGAAGAAAAGCAGGAAGAAGAUAAUGACUACCACCGAAGUGAUGAACAGGUAAGCAUCUGCUUGGAGUGCAAUAGCAGCAAACUGCGUGGAUUGAAACGAAAAUGGAUUCGUUGCUCUGCACAAGCAACAGUCUUACAUCUAAAGAAGUUCAUUGCCAAAAAGCUCAACCUUUCUUCUUUUAAUGAGCUGGAUAUAUUAUGCAAUGAAGAGAUUCUUGGCAAGGACCACACGCUCAAGUUUGUAGUUGUUACUAGAUGGAGAUUUAAGAAAGCACCUCUACUGCUACAUUAUAGACCCAAAAUGGACUUGCUGUAAGGGAACUUUAUUGUCCUUCUGGACAGAGCUUUUUGCAGAGACUAUCAUCUGGCACCUUCUUAGUGCAUCACUAAUCACAUGACACAAACCAGCUGAAUAAUUUUGGAAGACUGGAGGGCUUUCAUAGUGGACUGUCCUGAAUAUUUCUUCUAGGGAUGUGUUACCUAGACUUCUGGGCAGACAAUAUUUAUACUUUUUUUGUAUGGAAGAAAGAAGUUUCAACUCAGCAAGACACUACCAGCAUUAAGUUUACAGAUACUGAAAACACUUCACAGUUCCAUGUAGCUCAGCCUGAUUUGUCUCUUACAGUUAAAAAAAAAAAAAAAAAAAAAAAAGAGUGUUGUGGGGUGAUAUAAAUAUGUUGCUUUUGACACCAAGUUGCAUUUAGUUACUUCUCGCAUUCUAAAUCUUUAAAAACUAUAUUUUUGCAAAGUGUUAUUGUCUUAUAUAGUAUGCCUGAUUGCAUUGGCUUUAUUCAAGUUAUUCUGUAGUACAUUGAACAUGCCUGAUAAUACAGUGACUGGUGAUAAGUUAUUACACUGCAUUGACAACUUACGAAAAUCUGGGAAACCAAUAAAUUGUCAUUUUUGCCCAGUUACUGUUCUCCCUCACCUUGUGUUUUAAUAAAGUUUUGAUACUUCUGUAUACAUGUUAAUUUGGUAAGACUAAUAGAAAUAAUUUCAGUUGAUUAUGUGCUGUGAUAUAUAUUUUGCUAUGGUAUAAAUUGCACCACGUAAUGACAAAUACUCACAAGUGCUAGAUUUGUGAAUUUCUUAAAAAUAAACAUUUCUUAUGUAUUUGUGGCUUGCAGAAAUCAGUUUUUAAUUUAGAGAGAAUUUGCUAUCACUAGCUAUUGAAACAGUGGCUCUUGGACAACUUUGGGAGUAUUGCAGAUUUUUCAUUUCACUGAUCAAAACUUCCUCAGAUAUUAUGGGCAGCUUUAAAUUUCUUUAGGUGUUUUCUUAUGAAACCAUAGCAUUUUCCUUACUGCAAUUCUUAGCUUACAUAGGAUGGGAGGAAGGGGGAGUCAAGACAAGAUUAUUUUAGCACCUUUUGGCCUUAACUAGUAAUUUUGCUUGCAUCAGCCCUAAUGGAUGCAAGAUAAUACACAUUCAUGUAUGUAUGGGUGCAUACAUCUAUAUACACAUAUAACUAUGUAUGUUAUAGAAAGCACCCUCAAUGGCACUUAGCAGGGUUCACUGCACUUUUUGUAAGGCUUUUUGAAAUAAUUGGCUUUUAAAAUACAGUUGUUGAAAGUGAUUUCUGCAAGCUAUAUCCACUAUGUAUCAUCCAUAGUAUGAUUGUAAGAACAUUUGUCUGGCACAGUUGUGAAGUCACUGAAAGCAGUGUAUGCCCUAUUAUUGCCAGUUGGAAAUAGUUAACCUAAUUUUUGGAAGAGUUUUACUGUCAGCUGAAAAUGCUAGUUGCUAUUCCUGUUAUUAAACCCUGUUAUUUUUUGAUAAAUUGUCUUUUGAUAAGAAGGCCUGCUUCCUCUUGCUGUGCUCCAUUGCUGCUUCUGCUAGAAAGUGUUACUUGAUAACCAGAAGCUGAUACUGCAAGGGAUUUAUCUAAGCAUUUUAAAUAUUCUUUCUCUUGAGUUUUCAAAGUGCUGCAUUUCUCAGCAUACUUCCCUUAAUUUCCCUCUCUGGAGUCUUCAGUUCUCCUUUCCCAGCUCUGCUGCUGCUUGUACUUACCUUUGACAACAGGGCUCCUUAUUUUUCAUUACAGUCACAGAUGUGAGUAGGAAGGAAAUUUAAAAAAAAAAAAAAAGAAAGUAAGCAGAGAAUGAAAGGAAUCCUCCUGAACUGUGGAGGUGGAAAGGAGAGCCACACAAAGGCCAGAACAUGCUGCUGUCCUUGCAGGUGAAAGUCUAAGAUAGCUGCAUUUGAAUGUUUAGGUUAACAAAGAACUCUACAUCUGGUUCUUGUGUGGUGUUGUGUGUGUGCAUGUCUGUGAUUCAUGGAACCAAAUUUGGCUCUGAUUUUGUCUUGCUGUUUGUGUAUUUUCAGCUUUUUUUCUGUCUUUAGCAUUACUUGAUCUGGCAGAAAAAAACAAAUGAAAUUGUGUCUACCGUUUUUAAAAACUGUUGAUUAAAGCAGUGAAUGCAGGUGGUAUGGAUGUGUACACAAGCUGAUAUACUGGGCCUCUCUGGAGCUGUUUCUUAUGUGUUUGUUACUGUUCUAGUGUAAGUAAGAGGCUGGCUUUGCCACUGAGGCACUGAGAAUAUGGACAGGACUGUAAGGGUCCCUGCUCUGUGCACCCAGAGUAUACACACAGUGGCUGCACCUGAUGUAGACAUAAAACUAAAGCUGCCAGACAGCAUUCUGAUUAAUCACCUUAAUCAGAACAUAUAUAUAUAUAUAUAUAUACACAAACAUAAAUAUAUAUACAUAUACACAUAUAAAUGAGAUCUGUCUACCUCAAAUGUGUGUACUGCAGAAAAUUUUUGUAUGACUAGAUAUUGACGCAGUGCUGUUAAAAGUACAUUGGGAUUUCAUUGCUUCCUUGUGUACUUGAGCAACUGAGAAAUUAAUUACGAACACAAAUUCAGAAGCCUUUCAAAUCUAUCUCUUGCUGUAACAACUUACAAUACAAAACUUAUAAGUUUAUAACCAUCUUUAGAAUCACUUGAAUUUGUUAUGGUGCUAUCGGUAUAUAGAAAACUGUUUAUAUGGAUACAUAAAUUCAAGCCAGUAUUAAUAUCUAUAGCUGGGGUUUUUGCUUGUAAUUGUGUGUAACUGCUUUUGCAAUGUGUUUAAUCUGAUAAAAGUGCACCAGUAAAAAAACAAACAAACAAAAAACAACAAAAACAAACAAAGAAAACCAAACAAAAAACCCCCAAACCAACAAAAAGCCCCAAAGUUACUCAGUUGUUUUUCUGAAUCACAUGUGAUAACAUCUUCACUACAAAAAUUGUCCUUGGGAGUGGUGUGACUGUGUCUGUACCAUAUGUUAGUCUCACUAAAAGACUACAAUAUAGAGCAAGGUCUUCUUUGGGUCAGAGCCUUGUUUAAUUUCUGUGACACUUAAGAGACAAUUUAAAUCAAGAUUAUAUUGGGUAAAGUAACCCUGGUACUGUUCAAAGUUGUACUAAAAUUUGGGCUUGGCCAUAGAUAUUUCUUAGUCCUGGUGAGAUCAUGGUAGUUUACUUUGGCUUUUGUGAAGAUGCCAUUACUGUGAAGUUGUUUUUACAAUUUCUUACGCUGGUAAAUAGUUGCAGUAAGGAAGUAUCUUGUUGCAUUAUCCUCAGCAGCAAUGAGACUGUUGAAUCACCCGGGCUUAGAGUCUCAUUAAGUAUACUUUCAUUAAAAAUAAAGAAUUCAGAUAGAAUAUAUAAUACUGAAUUUAAAUAAGAUUUGGGGGUUUAAAUUUUAACUUUAUAAAAUUAUUUAUUCUAUUUUAAGCCUUCUGUCUUAUUUUACCAUCCAAGUAUUUUUGGUUUCAGUGGUCCAGCUUUAUUUACGGGCAUAUAAAAUGAAAUUGUAAGAUGUUUUUACAAGCUUCUUCCUUUUACAUUGAGUUUGAGUAGCUUUCAUCUGUAUGUUUUUGUUUUGUAUGGAUAAAGAGCAUUACUUAUGCUUUUGUGCAAUAGGUUUGAAACAUGCAUUUAUUAGGCUUAUGUUUAAAUUGUAAAUGUAGCAUCUACUUACCAUUACAUUUAAAAGGAAUGUAGAUGGCUUUUCUCACUUGUUCCAAUGGAGUUUUAUUUGGGGCUGUUAUUUGGGGGUGGGUGUGUGUGUUUUAUGCCUGUUCCAUUUUUUAUUUUAAGAGUGAAAUGGGGGAUUUAAAAUUUCUGUAAGUACAAGAACUAUAUGUCAGCAAUAUUUUAAAAUAAAUGAUCUUGCAAGAAACCUUAAUGUGAAUUGUGGAAGCAAUCAACAAGACUUGCAGCCUAUCUGAAAAUGUUUUGUGCCAUUGUUAAGUCUGGUAUAUUUGUGUACCAUCACACCUGGGAAUACUUAUUUCUAUUGGUUGUGCAAUAGUAUACACAACAUUGUCACUCAGGAGAAAUGGGACCAUAAAAAAUAUCAGACUACAACUAUGAUGGUGCUAUUUUUUCCAAUAGGCUAUGAGCCUUUGAAAGCUUAUCUGGCUCUUAUUGUCUUUAUAACAACGCAGUCCUAGGGGAUUUACAGAUUUUUUUUUUUUUUUUCUACUAGAUGAUAAAUAUAACUUGCUAUUUUACAGCAUUCUGAAUAUUACAUUGAGAUAAAUAUAAUAGGAAAAAGCCAACCAGUCUGUACAUCAGUGAGAUGAAUCUUAGGUACACAUUUUGUACAGAAGGCUUUACUGAACAGAAAAAUCAAAUUUCUGCUUUUCCUCAGGUAAUCACUUCAGUUUGGAUGUUUCACUGAAAACAUUAAUGCAACUUCAGUUAGUCUGUCUAAAGUUGGUAACAGGGAAAGAAAUUGUUCCACACAUAAGUCUCCCUACAUAAAAUAUAAUUAGAUGUUACUUGGGUCUUGAUCUGUUUUUGAAGAAAAAGCUGCAGAGAACAACAUUAAAGAAUGUGGAACAAUGUUUCAAUCUCUGCCCUAAUCAAAACUUGCAGUCAGGAUAAAAAUUACCUAGGAACUUGGGUCUUGUGGCAAGUCAACAGGUAAUGUUUUACCUGUUUAUUUAUAUACAAAUUAAAGAUAUGAUUCUACUAUUUGCUCUGUAUUUUAUCCUACUUAAGAGUUUUUUGGAAAUCUUUUGAAGCCACGAUGACCUGUCUAUAUCCUGGUGAUAGGGUAGGAACGAAAUGUCCAAUUCUGUGAACAUUUACAUUGGUAACUUUACUAAUAAUCUGAGUGGUUCCACCAGUGGGAUCAUUCAUUCAAACAGUGGUAUGGCUGAAGGAAGAACUCCUGAGUUUUGAAUACUGAUACUCCACUAUUUUUGUUAUUUCUGUUUGAAACUGAAAGUAUUGGUUUGAUAGAAUCUUUAAUUCAAGUGACUUAUCUGGACAAAUGGAACGUUUGUUCUUUCCUUCUGCAAACAGGAUCAUUUUGCAGUUAAGGGACAAUUAGCCAGUGCAACCACUAAGCCUUUUAUCCUCAUAUGUGGCAUAAUAAAGAUUCUGGAACUGUCAGAGUGUAAAACCAUAUUUUUGGCUUAGCUUCAUUUAAGAGUUUACAAUUUUUUAUGCUUUGUGUUGCUGUGUAAUUUCUGUACUACUGGUGGCUAGUUUUGUCUGAAUAAGCCUUUUGGGGAUUAAUGCUUAAUGUUUUGAUUUUAUGAUAGUGAAGCUUGUAUCCAGUGUUUUGCCAAUGAAUAUUAUAUGCUUGUUAAUAAAAGCAGAGAAACUAACUGAAA